UGUGAGAUAGGUUGGUUUUGAUGUCAUUACAUAAAAGUUUUUUAAUAUUUUACAAGUAGAUUUCUCUAAACCUAAAGAGCGACUUGGAUAAUGGAAAAACCUGAAUCAAAUUGGAAGAAAAAUGGCAAUUGGAAGAACCGCUAUUCCAAAGUUUACGGCGCCCAGCGCGUUGCAAUAGCCAAAAAGCAAAACGAAAGUCAUGAGCAAGGAGGCGGGCGGAUCUCGUUCAUGACGAACGACAGCACCCCCUACACAGAUCUGCUGACGAGGGUGCGCGCAAACCGCCGGGACAGUUCCUCGUCGAGCUCGCCAAGUCCCCGAUACCUCACCUCCAUGCUCUCCCAGCAGAGCGACCUCUAUGGCACUUACACAGGCACUGGCAGCAUGUUGUCCGACGACUUGGGGGGACAUGAGACGUUACUGCUCGACAUGGUGCGCGCCCAAAGCCGUGAGAUGCAGGAGGCACAAGAUCAAACAUUAGACCUACCGCGUGAUGACAUUUCUGACGAUGAAUCCAGCGAAGCCUGCGUUCACGGGUUAAGUAUGCGCGCUACCGAACGCAGCGUGUCCCGUUCCCGCGUCUCCCGCAUGUCAACACGUCGAGACAUGGACAUCCCAUCCAUACUGGCAUUUACCACCACAACCACAGCACCGAUACAACUUGAAAUUCCGGCGUUUAAAAUGGCAAAUGAACCUCAGCGCGAAGAAAUUCCUCGGUGGUCGAUACGGCGCGCCGUCUGCCCAGUCUGCUCACAGAAGUGGAGGGACAAAACCUCCAUCUCAAAUAUUAAAUAUUCUGGCUUGAAAAGGAAUUCAUCAUCGGAACUGCCGUCUGUUAUAGCACCUGCAAGAUUACGAGCAGCUAUCACUAUGGGAUAUGUUCCUCGACCAGUUGUUGCAGCAGUAGAUCGUGAAGCAGGAGUAAAGCAUGGUGGACUUCGCAAUACUAGCGCCACCUGGCAGCUGACUCGAGCGCGGCGUUUCCGCGCCCCCAAACCUCUGAUGCCUCCACCUGAAGCCACACAGCCACCUUCAGCAGCUGCACCUCUUGCACAGCGAGACCUGGAUAUGCGCGUCAACCGUUUCCUCAAAGAUAUAGAAAUCAAACAAACUGCUUGA